CUCUUCGCACGGAACCUACUUCCAAGAUGUCUCUGGUCAUCCCUGAGAAGUUCCAGCACAUUCUUCGUGUUCUCAACACGAACAUCGAUGGACGAAGGAAGAUCGCCUUCGCCAUCACUGCCAUUAAGGGUGUUGGCAGACGUUACGCUCAUGUUGUCCUGAGGAAGGCCGACAUCGACCUCAGCAAGAGGGCCGGAGAGCUGACUGAGGAGGAGGUGGAGCGAGUUGUGACCAUCAUGCAGAAUCCUCGCCAGUACAAAAUCCCAGACUGGUUCCUCAACAGGCAGAAAGACGUGAAGGAUGGAAAAUACAGCCAGGUUCUCGCUAACGGUCUGGACAACAAGCUGAGAGAAGAUCUGGAGAGGCUGAAGAAGAUCAGAGCUCAUCGUGGUCUGAGACACUUCUGGGGUCUGCGUGUGCGCGGUCAGCACACUAAGACCACCGGCCGUCGCGGUCGCACCGUUGGUGUGUCCAAGAAGAAGUAAACUCUGCUUCAUUUUGUUUCAAUAAACAGUUCACACACAAAA